AUGAUCUUUCACAUUGCCUGUGCCCUGGCGCAUGCCCACGAAAUGGGAGUCGUGCAUCGUGACCUGAAGCCUGAGAACAUCCUUCUGCGGCAAGGCGAUCGGUUCCCCAAGGUGGCAGACUUCGGUCUUUCGAGAUCUUUGAGGAACUCUGAAAUGGCGAUGACAGUCGCCGGCACCCCCACAUACAUGGCUCCAGAGAUCCAGGAUCCACGGCUGCCCUACGACUUCCCGGCGGACAUCUACUCCCUGGGUUGCAUUCUCACGGACCUCAUGGACAGGUCCUUUUGUUGCAGUUGGUACGCCAAGGCCACGCCGGGCACCCACGAGAAAAUGCGCAAGCGCUGGCCUGAUGGUGCGACACCUCCCAAGUUCUCUGCUCCCUUGAAGGAGCUGCAAGGCUCGAUGAUCGGUCAAGCCCCCGGCCUUAGGCCCACUUGCUACCAGGUGUGCAACGAUCUACUCACUCUGGCAGAUACGCAGCCUCUCCCCCAUGUCCUGUGGCAGGAGAAGACCAAGCUGCCAAAGGGCGCACCUACGCAGAAGAUGCUGGGCUCAGAGCUCGCUCGCGAAAUCGCAGGCCGUGGUGGCUACGCCAUCGGCUGCCGCGUUCGGGUCUUCGUAGACGGGGGGUGGCAUCCCGGCGAGGUGAAGCACAUCUCGACGAGCAUGUGCCCUGGAGCCGUGCAGGUGCACUUCAGGAGAGGAGGUGAUGCCAAAGGUGAGGAAGCCAUCCUGGUCUGUCCCUGGCAGUUCCAGCAGCUGCUCCGACCAGAUCCGGGAGCCAUAACGAAGGAUGAGAGGAUGGGCACUCUCGUCUUUCCAGAGCAGGCCCCACCUCCGAAGACAAGCCCCUCAAAGGGGUCGAGGACUCCAGCGUCGACGCCCGCUCGGAAAGAGGUACCUGUGGCGAAGCAGAAGUGCCAGCCGGGCUGUCGGCAGCAGUGA